AUGACAACAAUUCGUUAUUCACCGGUAACGCAUGUUAUUUUUGAUUUGGAUGGUACGUUGGUCGAUACGGAAGAUAUAAUUCAUAAAAUAAUGUCAGAUAUAGUCACAAAAACAUACGAAAAAGAGUACCCUGCUAAUAUUCGACAUUUUACAGCCGGUCAAACUAUGGUGAACACUGCAAAUAUAGUUAUCAAGCAAUGUGAAUUAAAUUGUGAUACAAUUGAAUUUAUAGCAGCAGUAGAUCUGGUAGCAAGACAUUAUUUAUCAGAGUGUAAAUUAAAACCAGGUGCCGAAAGGUUAGUUAAACACUUUUAUAUGCAUGACAUUCCAAUCUGCGUCGCUACAUCAUCAGAUAUGGAAUCUGUUAUGCUGAAAUCAACGAAUCAUAGGAGUUUAUUCAGUUUGUUUCAUCAUAUUACGACAGCCGCAAAAAAUCCAGAAGUUAAAUAUUCAAAACCCGAGCCAGAUGUUUUUCUAGUUGCAGCUUCUAAAUUUGAAGAACAUCCACGUCCGUAUAAAUGUUUGGUCUUUGAAGAUGCUUAUUUGGGUGUUUUAGGCGGUAGACGAGCUGGAAUGCAAGUUGUAAUGAUACCUGAUCCAAGUUUACCAGAGGAUGAUACAUUUAUGGCAACUAAAGUGUUACCGUCUAUGCUAUAUUUUGAACCCGAAAUGUUCGGCUUGCCCUCAUUCGAACCUUGAUUAUUUCAAUUUAAUGA